AUGACAAAUCCACAUCCUUCAGCCGCAUCGGAACUGGCAGCAAUCACCUUGACUUCCAAAAUUUCUGAGUUUUGGACAGAUCAACCCAGAGUAUGGUUCAUCCGCACCGAAGCAAUGCUGGCACCACAAAAACUUUCCGACGAUGCCAGGUGCACACGCUGGCCAGAGGCAUUUCCCUUACGAGAUGUAAAUGCUGAAACAGUCGCUAAAAUAUUGUACACGGACUGGAUCUGUCGUUACGGUUCUCCUGUAAAAUUGACGAGCGACCAAGGACGUCAAUUUGAAAGUUCCCUUUUUAGACAACUUUUAAAGUUAUUAGGUAUUGAGAGAAUACGGACUACAGCCUACCAUCCUCAGGCCAACGGAGCUAUCGAACGAUUUCAUAGGACACUAAAAGCUGCUCUAAUGGCACGCUUGAGCACUAAGUCAUGGGUUGAUGAGCUACCCACUGUUUUGCUAGGCCUCAGAGCCGCCAGUCGUAGUGAUACCGGAGUAUCAGCGGCACAAUUAACAUUCGGACGUACACUGCGAUUACCCGGCGACUUCUACGACGCUACAGGAGUAGGUUUAUCAGAGCCUCAUAGCCUCGUAGAACGAAUAAGGGAGAAUAUUCAAUCGUUAAAGCCAGUACCAGGACCGCAUAGUAAUUCACGGUUAUAUUUUGUGCAUCCAGAUUUAUCCAAAGUAGAAUAUGUUUUCGUCAGAGAUGACUCUGUGCGUUCACCUUUAAAACCACCGUACAGCGGGCCAUAUCAAGUUUUAGAGAGAGGUCCAAAGGCUUACGUUAUCCAAUUACCCGACUGUCUGGACUUUUACAAGUCCUUAAAAGGAAAAGAAUCUGAGGAAGAUGUGGAUGGGUACGGAGCGGAACCAGAUUUUGAGGUGGAGCUGGAGCUGGGUGAUGAUGAGGAAAAAUAG